AUGAACAGUUGUGUGGUUUCCCCAUAUAAGUACUGGCCAUUGAGGCCCUCUAUAUACAAGACCAUGACCUAUAAUGAUGUGCAUAUCAACAUCACUCAGGAAGAGUGGGCAUUGAUGGAUCCUUCACAGAAGAAUCUCUACAAAGAUGUGAUGGAGGAGACCUAUAUGAACCUCACAGCUAUAGGCAUGAAAGAAGUCAUACUAGAGAGAAACCACAUGAAUAUACUGAGAGUGAUAAAACCUUUGCAUGUAGUCUUCCACAAAGGCAUGAAAAAACACAUACUGGAGAGAAAUCCUAUGAAUAUAAUCAACGUGGUAAAACAUUUACACAACACAGUCAUCUUCAAAGGCAUGAAACUACACAUACUGUUAAAAAACCUUAUGAAUAUAAUCAAGGUGCAAAAGACUUUGCUCACUGGAAAGUUCUUCAAUUGCAUAGAAUAACACAUCCGGGAGAGAAACCCUAUGAAUGUAAUCAAUGUGAUAAAACCUUUACAGAGCCCAGCCAUCUUAAAGUACAUAAAAGAACACAUACUGGAGAGAAACACUAUGAAUGUCAUCAGUGUGGUAAAGCCUUUGCACGACACAGUGCUCUUCAAUUGCAUGAAAGAACACAUACGGGAGAAAAACCCUAUGAAUGUAAACAAUGUGGUAAAGCUUUUGUACAGUCCAGUCAUCUUCAAGUACAUAAAAGAACACAUACUGGAGAGAAACCCUAUGAAUGUAAUCAAUGUGGUAAAGCCUUUACACAGCCCCACAAUCUUCAAGUACAUAAAAGAACACAUACUGGAGAGAAACCCUAUGAAUAGAAACCGUAUGAAUGUAAUCAGUGUGGUAAAACCUUUGCUCAAAACAAUACUCUUCAAAGGCAUGAAAGAACACAUACUGGAGAGAAACCCUACGAAUGUAAACAAUGUGGUAAAACCUUUGCACAGUCCAGUCAUCUUCAAGUACAUAAAAGAACACAUACUGGAGAGAAACCCUAUUAAUGUAAUCAGUGUGGUAAAGCCUAUGCUUGUCACAAUGCUCUUCAAUUGCAUGAAAGAAAACUAUGGGAGAAAAGCCCUAUGA